CACCUAUCCACGUUCGCUCAGCGCUGGCUCUGUAGCAGUACUUAUAUAUCUUACUCCAGGGCAGCUUUGACGGUAUGCUGCAGGGCUUAUCAAAUGACUGUUAAUAUCGCCAGGAAAUUUGUCGGUUCCGUUAAAGACGAUUGGCAAUUGUAUAGUGACCGUUGCACGGACUACACUAUCGGAUCUCCCAUCGGUUUCGGAGCAUCAUCUGUGGUUUAUGCUGCUGUAUACAACCCUCCCUCGCCAGGGCCACAACGCCCUAUGCCAUGCGCGUUGAAAGUUCUUGACUUAGACGUGCUGCCCCCUCAGUCGCUGUCUUUGUUACAGCGGGAGACACAACUCAUGUCCCUGUCAAAACACCCAAAUGUGCUACGUGUACGCGGCAGCUGGAUGGUUGGCCACAAAUUAUAUAUUGCCCUCCGCCUCAUGAACAAGGGUAGCGCCGCCGACAUAAUGCAUUACGGUUGGCCCGGUGGAAUGGAAGAAGAGGUUGUUAAAUGCAUCCUCAAGCAAGCCCUCGAAGGCCUCAACUACCUGCAUAUUAACGGAUUUAUUCAUCGCGAUAUAAAAGCUGCCAAUCUUCUUAUCGAUGAUGACGGCACAGUUUUGCUAGGCGACCUUGGGGUAGCCGCAUCUCUCACAGAUGAUGCUGAUAUGUCCAGUAGAUCUUACAAUGACACUGGCAAUCGUGUUAUCAACUUUGACCCUGUGUCUCCUGUUAAUAGCUCCUGUCCUGCAUCCCCACUUGCACGUCCUGGUAUAGGAAAGCGACGAUCGUUUGUCGGGACCCCCUGUUGGAUGGCGCCCGAGCUUAUUCAGGGUCAUCGUUACGAUUCGAAGGCUGACAUCUGGUCAUUUGCAAUAACUGCUAUCGAGCUUACCCAAGGUCGUCCUCCACGAUCGAGAGAAAGCGCUCAUAAUGUCCUUUUGCAAACCGUUCAGGGUAAACCACCGAAGCUUGAUUCGGUAGGGGGUGUUCACCGGUAUUCACGCGCCUUCAAGGACGUAGUCGAUGCAUGUCUGGUAAAAGACCCCUCUAAACGUCCAACGGCUGCGAAGUUGCUUCUCACCCCAUUUUUCAAGUCUGCCAAGAAGAAAUCCUAUCUGGUCAGCACAAUAUUAGACGGCCUCCCACCCCUUACAAUGCGCCAAGAACGUCGUAGACAUCAUCCAAGCACGGUUACUCAUGGAACAGUGGAAUCGUGGGACUUUAACUCUACAGAGACAAAUCAAUCAUCGAUCACUUUGGGUCCAGGACGAGAUAGUUCAGGGGGUGUAUCCAGAAGGGGAAGUCUCGAUGUUGGAUCAAACGAUCACCAGUUGACUCGCUCAGUACAUCCAAGAUUCGAGCUUUCACACGGUAUCAAAGAAGAAACGACGUCAAUCAUGCCUACUUCAGACUCGACCUCCAUCAACGGCCAAGCUCUGGAUCUUAAGAACGAGAAGACGGUUGAGUUCGGUUCGCAAGCCCACGCUGGAUACGGAGAAUCCCGACCUUCAAGUUCGAAUUUGUCAUUUCCUGCAUCGCCACCUGCACAUGUGCCUAAGCCACGUCCCAUUCCCAUUCCAAAGCGGGCGUCACCCAACGUUCGUAUUUCAUCUUUCUCGUCCAAAGACGGCCCAGCCUCUGCCCCCACCUCUCCCCCAUCAUCGGUUUCUCCGAAACUUUGGCAGCGCCUAACCCGCGCCGCUUCCCGUAAUGCCAUAAAUGAAGACAUACCUACUACCAAAGAGAAGACAAUGAGCGGGUUAUCACGUAUCCUCAACAGACGGAGCUCUGCUUCUUUGGCUCAACGUCCUAUCAUCUCGUAACUUUUACCAUCAUCAAGGCUACACUACACUAUUACACGGACAUUGAAUUGUAUCUAUAGCCAGUCUAGACCUAGGCUAUUCAUCAUUACAGCUGAUUCCAUACCACGCGUCGAAAAUGCCCAGAAGAGGAC